CGGCAGGAGCACGAGGCCAUCUGCGGCCGGCUGGCGCAGCGACGGCGGACCACCUUCGACUCGCGCCAGCACCGUCUGGCCGGCACUGAGCACGGUCCGCUGUUCCGCCGGGCGCAGCACCGGCCCGAGCCGCCGGCGCGGGAGAACAGGUGGCGCCAGAGGCACGAGGAGUUCAUUGGCGCCAUCCGCGCCGCCAAGCAGGUGCAGCGCCACCUGGCGGCCGGAGGUCGCCUGCAGGACCUGCCGCCGCCGCCGCCCUCCGACUACUCUGACUACGUUCAGUGUCCGUACUGCUCACGCAAGUUCAAUGAGGCCGCCGCCGAGCGGCACAUACCGCGCUGUCAGUUCUACGAGCACAACAAGCCGGGCCCGUCGGGCGCAGGCCGCGGUCGCCAGUCUGGCCCGAGUCGGUCGCCCCAGCCCAGCGGUCGCCACCCCGGCCCGAGCCGGUCGCCACAGCCCAGCGCUCGCCAAGGUCCGGCCAGACCACCGCAUGCUGGCAACCAGCCAACUCCGGCCCGGUCACCCCGGCCCAACAACCGUCCCGGCCCAACUAAAGCGACCGUCAGACGCGCACCGAGAGGAAAGUAACUGUCGACGAUAGACCCCAGAUACACA